CUAAAUAUUUGUACGACCCUCGUAUAUUCACAUUUUUAGCUCAUAUAGGCAACCAACAUUGCACACAAAAAAAUCAUCUAAACAGGUUGUAAUUUUAAUUAAAACUUCUGUCUUAAAUACAAAAUUGAAAAUACUAUCUAGUGUAAGUUAUCACGGUGUAAAAUUAUAUAUAAACUGUAAAAAAUAAAUAAAUAAUGAAGUAAAAAGUAGGCAACUAAGAUUACACAAAUUGCAAAACAUUCGCUAAAAAAGUGAAAAUCACGAUUGCAGGUGACACGAGUUUUGACAACAUUCAUGACAAACAAACGUGACAUUUAUUGGUUAUACACAAUAAAUAAAAAAAUCUGUAUCGAUUUCUAGUGUCUAUUAGAUUGGAUAAAAUCAGUGAACAUCGCAAAAACUGGUGGAUCACCCUCAACUCGUGAACCCGUGGUGUUUAUAGUGUGCACGGACUUGACCAGUUUUACCGUUAAUUCCGAUCGUAGCGCAGAAAUUCACGGCAAAAAAAACGAUCACCCACACGCGUACAACAGGUUGCCAGUCGGCUCGAAAGGAAAAAGAAAAACGACGGGAACUCGCACCAAGGGCGCAGCCUCCCCCAUUUUAUUGAUCGUUCAAACGCCGUCGAUUUGGCGGUCGGCGCGCCGCCUGUGGCACGCGCCUGCGCACCGGGCGCGCAUUGUCAAAUUCUGACAGCAACAUUCCGCACGGCCGUAUCUCGCACGCCAACCACGAAAAUAAUCGUCGCCCCGCGGACACGUAGCACGGUAAACGGGACGAAGCGAAGACGCAAAAAGGGCGGCGCGGACGCCACCACACGCCACCACAGAGCCGGGGACGACGCCACAGCGAGGACGUGACGGCAGCGACCGCCGAAUGCCCGCCGAAAUAAGCGACACGGUCGCGGUUACGUCACUGAGCCAUUUUGUAUUCGAGUGAGUGGUUGUUUUUGUGUGUUGGGUUGUGUGCCGGCCGCGGGUGAUCACUCUUCCGCCGUUCUGUACGGGGGGGUCGACGUGCCGCGCGCCACGUUCGUCACAGGGGAGCGCACUAAAGCAGCCAAAAUUCCGGUGCCGACGCGAAACAGGGACUGUACCGGCCACUUCGGUAACGGUGACAUGAACAAACGGAAGAACCGCGGCGGACCGCUAAGGAGCCAGCGACCGAAGUCGGUGUCUGCGGAGGGCGUGUACAACAAUGCCCACUUCAUGCACGCCGUCACCUCGCUGGUGGGCACCGUGGUCCGCCUGACUACCUCCUCCAACACAGUUUGGGAGGGCAUAUUCCGCACGUUCUCGCCGAACUUCGAGGUCGUCCUCGAGGUGGCCGCCAAACUCGAGAAUCCCAACUCACCCAAUCCGACCAUCCAGGCGGACAGUGCAGCGGACAAGAUGGUGUUCAAGGCAGGCGAUAUAUUGAACAUGGUCGCGCAGGACGUAGACAUGGAAUACCCAACCAGGGACACGUUCCAAACGGACACCGCCAUAUCGGCGAAGCUGAACGGCAGCAUCAGACCGGAGGAGCGGGUGCUGGAGCCGUGGGACGCGUCGCAGGGCGUCAACGGUGCCGGCGCCGGCGGCGACUUUCCCCUCGAACUCGAGGCGGCCAACGGUUGGGACGCUAGCGAGAUGUUUAAGAAGAAUGAACAGGACUAUGGUGUACAGAGCACGUUUGAUCACAGUCUAAGAGGAUACACGGUGCCGUUGCAGCAGAGCGACAGCGCCGACUACAGAGAGGCCGAGGCGAAGGCGAACCAAAUAGCCAACGAGAUCGAGAACCAGCCGCAACACAAGGCGCGUCUCGAACUCGAGAACGGCGACGAGGAGGCGGUGUUCGCUGCCGUCUCGCGUCCCGCCGCCAACCAACCGCCGCCGCUGGCCAGCAACAAUCAACCGCAAUCGGGUCAACACGAACCGUCUAACGGCGGCGGCGGUAAAUACAUACCGCCCGCCAAGCGGAAGAACCAGAGCAGCGGCAAGCUGGUGAGGAGCACGCCACCGCCACAGGGGGCCGGCACGCCCAGCCCGAAGGGCGGACAAGUGCCGCCGGUCUAUCCGCCACCGGUGCACCAGAUGCCGCCGCCGCCGGUCCAUCACAACAACGUCCAAAUGUCCGGUCCCCAUCAUCUGGCUAUGAACCACGCCAUGCCGCCGCCGCAGCAGCAGCAACAGCAGCCCCAGGUGCCGCACGGCGGUCACCCGCAGCCGGGCGGUCCGCCGCCGCAACAACAACACGGCGUUCCGCCGCCGGUGGUGAUGAACCACCACGGCAGACCGCCGUCGCACACGCCGCCGCAUCCGCAGCAGUACGGACCGCCGCCGCAAGCGGGCAGGGGUGGACCACCGCCGCACCAGCAGCAAGGCGGGCAGCCGCCGAAGCCGCAGCUCAACGGCGAUACGAAACCGCCGCCGCAACAUCAACGCGGACCUCGUAAUCCGUACGGAGGACCACCGCCACCACAGGGUGGCUAUCAAUCUCAACCGCCGCCAGAUUUGAAACAGCCCGACAUGGGUAUCGGCGGUGGUCCGCAACAUCCCGGACGACACAGGACCGAUGAUCCGGCCGUCAAGGACUUGCAUUCGUUUUCACAGGACUUCAAGCUGGCCGAUCCGGGACAGCAACAACAAAUGCCUCCACCCAAUACUGAACAACCACCAUCGAUGGUGCAGCAUCAACAACCACCUCCCCAACAGCCACAGCAGAACAAACCGCCGCAACAGUCGAGUCCGCCCCAACCUCAACAAUCAAUCUCCCCUCAACAGGAUCUUGACAAGGUCACUAACACGUUGAAGAAAUCGACGCUCAACCCUAACGCGAAAGAGUUUGUGAUGUCAUCGGCUCCGACGUCAAAACCGUUCCAGCCACGGUCACCUAGCACGCCAUCGGCAUCGCGUCCGCACACGCCACAGACACCAGGCGGUGCGGCAGCGGCCCAGGCAGCCGCGGCUGCUCAAGCGGCCGCUCAGGCCGCCCACAACAGUCACUCGCCCUACAUACCGACAUCGGCAGGUGGCGGCGGACCGGGACAACCGCCGAUGCCGGUCGUGAUGCCCAUGCCGUACGUGGUGACCGGGCAUCCACAAUACCAACCGCAGCCGCAGGUUAGCCGUCACAGAAAACUGCCAAUGCGAACGGAUAUGGCGUCCCAGAUGUCAGUGGCGGCGGCCACGGGUCAGCCACUGUUGGCUCCGGCCCCCAUCCAACAGUUCAUGUACCAGCCUAACCUUGGGCAGGCGUACCAGCCGAUGCAUACCAUGCGCAUGUACGAAUCCCCACAUCAAAUUCAAUACAUGCAGCCGAACCCGUCGCAGGCUCCUUCGCCAGCUCAGCCCCCGCCGCAGUACAAUCCGGCAGCCGCUGCGGCGGCCGCGGCCGCAGCCCAAGGCGGUCCGCAACCACCUCCGCAGCAAUAUCAGGGCGCCCCACCGCCACCGCAGGGCCCACACCAGUUGCCGCCGCUCAUGUACCCGACCAUCAUCCAGGCGCAGCCGCACCUCAUGCCCAACAUACCGGCCUACUUGCAGCAGGGCCCGCCCCACCUGCCCGUCGCCCUCCAUCCCCUCCACCCCGGACAGGGCCAGCCACACGGACCAAACCCUUAACGCUAGGCACAGCCGCCGCGUCGGCGACGCCGCCUGCCACUGCGCUGCUAGUUUAAAAAUGUUGGGUCGUCCAGGGUGGAUGGGUGGCGUCCGCCCCUCGCCCCCCUAAUCACUCAUCCCAUCCCCGCCCCGCCAAAACACAAUCAUCAACCGUUCCGCGUUACCCUGAGGGGCGGGGGCGCGCCCAACACCACCACCACCCCCCGAUCCGUGGUUUCCCGCCGCCGGCGCUUCACAAUCGGCGCCCCACUUAACACACGACUCGCGUCGUGGCGCCGGUCGCGGGGAACCGUAGAUUAUUUACUUCAAAAAAACCUUGUUAUUGUUAUUUUGUUUUUAUACGCUAUUGUUAAUUUCUGAUGUAAAUUUACCUCGGAGGGCCCUUCCACCGCGACGCCCCCGGCAAAUUUAAAUUCUUUUUUCUCUCUUUUUGUUUUUUCACUAUUUCGGGGCGGCAGUUGGAGGCGAGUGCGCAUACGCACCGGUGCACGGCCGCCCGCCGAAACUCAUUCCAUUUUUUUUUAUUCGUAACGUCCUGACACAUCAACCAUCGUUUCAUCGUCACCAUGUUCUCAUUAAGGGCAGGUUCUGGGGCAAAGCAACUUAUUUUCGGACGAAAUUUCAGUGUCGAUGUCGCAAUAAAUUUUUUGGAUGGUUUUUAUUGCUUAUUGUACUGGGGUGUUCCACGGGGGUAUCCUGAAUUGUUUAUUUUAAAAUUUUAUUGUCGAAUAUUAAAAAUGGGAGUUAGUUGUUUUAGCCCUGGUGGAAAGUGAGAGUUGCAAACGACACAGCGUCGUUUCCAAAGAGUUCAUUUCUAGCUUGAAUUUUUCGUUUUCAAAAUUUUUUUUGUACGACGUGUCUAUGCGGGACGCCGGAAGUCUUUAUUGAGAAACUUGUCCGACAUAAUAUAAUUUAAAAAACACUGCGACAAGAGGCGUCCCAGCAUUGUAAAAUAGGUGCCUUAAAAAUAUGUUUUUUUUUUAAAUUUUAUUUAUUAAAUAACGUUUGGCACCAUUUAAAAUAAAAAAGAUAAAAAAUAUUACUUAGUUGAUCUAAGUAUGAUAUUCCGAGGAAUAUUCUGAGAAAUCAUUUUGUAAAGUGCUUGGGCAUUUGGAGACUGUUGGUUUCAUCAGUUUUCAGUGCGGGUGAAAAAGUAUGCCUUUUGGUGUAAGAUUUGGAGAUAUGUUAAAAACAACAACUUUUUUCGACAAAUAAAACCUUUUGUUUAUUUGUAA